GAGAGAGGAAAGGUGCCCCCCCCCUCUGGGAUUCUUCCUCAGCUGAGCCUGCAGAAGACCUAGGCCUGGUCUAAGGAGAGAGCCCGGAGCCAGAGGGAAAUGGCCCCUGGGAGCCACAGACCCCCACCCCAGGAAUUGAUGACAUUCAAGGAUGUGACUGUGGAUUUCACCCAGGAGGAGUGGCGCCUCUUGGAUCAUUCUCAGAGAGAGCUGUACAAGGAGGUCAUGCUGGAGAAUGUCCAGACCCUGCUCUCUGUGGGACUUCCAGUUUCUAGAGAAGAUUUGAGCUAUCCUUUCCAGGAAGGGGAAUCACCAGCCAUGGUAGAGCACAAAGGUCUGAGGGACUCCUGGGAAGUUGGAGACACUAGGUUGAUUGUGAAGAAGAUGGCUACAAAGGUGAACAUUUCUGUGGAAGAAUUUGGCCAGCAUAGAUUUGAGACCAAUGGUGCCUAUAACUUGAAACUGAAAGAAAUCUGUGACUCUGAAAGCAAAGUGGGUAAGAGUAUCUUCGAGUUUGUUGAAAUUGAAAAGGUACUCAUACAGUCUUCAGUCUUAAAUAACAGUAAGAGAAGGACUUCAUGGAAUGAAUAUAUUCAAGACAGUGAAGAUAAUAAAUGGUUUCCUCAACAACUAGAGCCCUUUAAGGCCCAGGAGAAGUCUCUUCAAAUGCAAAUGUACAAAGGUAAUCAUCUGGAAAUGGCCUUGAAUUUGAAUUCUGAUCUAAUUAGACAUCAGAAAAGUAACAAAAGUGGGAAGGCCUUCAGUCUGAACUCUAAGUUCAUUCCUCUUCAGAAAAUUCACAUUAGUAAGGAGCCUGGUAUAUACAAUGAAUGUAAAGCAACCACAUCCCAUCAAUCAUAUCUUCCUUGCCAUGGUAGAUUUUACCAUGGAAUGAGAAGAUAUACAGUUCCUUGUUGUGGAAAGGCCUUUGGUUGGAACUCAGAUCUUAUUAAGCAUCAGAACAUUCACAUUGGAAAAAAGUUUUAUAAAUGUAAUCAGUGUGGAAAGGCUUUCACACACAGCUCCAAUCUUGCUAAGCAUGAGAGAAUCCACACUGGAGAGAAACCUUAUGAAUGUAAUCAUUGUGGAAAGGCUUUCACAGUCAGCUCCAGUCUUCAAAAGCAUGAGAGAAUCCACACUGGAGAGAAACCUUAUGAAUGUAAUCAGUGUGGAAAGGCUUUCACAGUGAGCUCCAGUCUUGCUGCACAUCAGAGAAUCCACACUGGAGAGAAACCUUAUGAAUGUUAUCAGUGUGGAAAGGCUUUCACACAGAGGUCCAGUCUUGCUGCACAUCAGAGAAUCCACACUGGAGAGAAACCUUAUGAAUGUAAUCAAUGUGGAAAGGCUUUCAAAGAGAGCUCCCAUCUUGCUGCACAUCAGAGAAUCCACACUGGAGAGAAACCUUAUGAAUGUAAUCAGUGUGGAAAGGCUUUCACAGAGAGUUCCAGUCUUGCCAAGCAUCAGAGAAUCCACACUGGAGAGAAACCUUAUGAAUGUAAUCAGUGUGGAAAAGCUUUCACAGAGAGAUCCAGUCUUGCUGCACAUCAGAGAAUCCACACUGGAGAGAAACCUUAUGAAUGUGAUCAGUGUGGAAAGGCUUUCACAAAGAGAUCCAGUCUUGCUGCACAUCAGAGAAUCCACACUGGAGAGAAACCUUGUGAAUGUGAUCAGUGUGGAAAGGCAUUCACAGCGAGAUCCAGUCUUGCUGCACAUCAGAGAAUCCACACUGGAGAGAAACCUUAUGAAUGCAAUCAGUGUGGAAAGGCUUUCACACGGAGGUCCCAUCUUGCUAAGCAUGAGAGAAUCCACACUGGAGAGAAACCUUAUGAAUGUGAUCAGUGUGGAAAGGCUUUCACACACAGCUCCCAUCUUGCUAAGCAUGAGAGAAUCCAUGCUGGAGAGAAACUUUAUGAAUGUAAUCAAUGUGGAAAAGCUUUCACAGAGAGAUCCAGUCUUGCUGGACAUCAGAAAAUCCACACUGGAGAGAAACCUUAUGAAUGUAAUCAGUGUGGAAAGACUUUUACACAGAGCUCCAAUCUUGCUAAGCAUGAGAGAAUCCACGCUGGAGAGAAAUAAAUGUUAUCAGUUUGGAAAGACUUUCACAAUGAGUUCUAAUCAUGUUGCACAUCAGAGAAUCCACACUGGAGAAAUCUUAGGAAUAUAAUAAAUGUAGUUAAAUCUUCAGGCAAUAUCCAUAUUCUAUAGAAAUCUUAUCACUGUUAUGAAUUAGAAAAUGCAUUCAGUUGUCAUUCCGAGCUUCUUCAAAAUUAGGAAAUUCAUUUUUUUUGCCAUUUAUUUAGAAUUUUAUUUUCCCCCCAAUUACAUGUAAAAACUAUUUUAAAGUCCAUUUUAAAACUUUGUGUUUCAUAUGCCCAAAGGGCUAAGGGACUGCAUUUGCCCUUUGACCCAGUAAUACCAUUAAUAUGUCUGUAUCCCAAAGUGAUCAUAGAAAAGGGAUGUGACGUGUAAAACUAAAUGUUUGUGGUUACCUGUCCCCAGUGUGGGGAAAGCUAACUAGGACAUCAUUUUACCAGUUUAGGUAUUAAACAUUUAUUAAAAUACAUUAGAGUUUAGCAAAGAGAGAACAAGUGUCUCUAAUAGAAUAGGAAAAAUAGGAAAACCUAUCUGCCCUAGAGGAGAGAUCAGAGUUCCCACCCCUACCUGGUUCUUCCACCAACCCCGCACAAAGUUCCAACCACCAACUAACAAAACCAACUGCCUUCUACACUGCUUCAAGCUGAUUGGUUGAGAGUGGUCUCAUGUUGAUGUGAGGUUACUUCUGGUUCCUGAACCUUAGAAAGUUUAACCCAUGUUCUCUCAGCAGGGGCCCUGUGGUAAUAAUAUUCUCAGGGAAAAGGACCCACAUGUACAAAAAUAUUUAUAGCAGUUCUCUUUGUGGUGGCAAAGAAUUGGAAAUCAUGGGAAUGGCCCAUCAAUUGUAGAAUGGCUGGACAAGUUGUGAUAUAUGAAUGGAAUAGAAUACUAUUUUGCUCUAAGAAAUGAUGAGCAGGAAGAUUUCAGAAAAACCUGGAAAGACUUAAG